AUGUCAGCCGUGGACGCUGCUCACGUUCUGGCAAAUCGCGUCAAAAAACUCGGCAUAUGUGGAAAUGUGCCAGCACUUCUCGUGUACGAGCGUCCCUCUUCCGUGUGGCAUGUCACUCACCACUGCCCCCAAGGCAUGGCUUUCCCAGAUCUGAACGCAAUGAUGAUUGCGGAUGGGACAUCCAAUCAAGAGAUCAAUCAUAACGCUCUGCGGAAGAAUGACAACAAACAAAGAGAAGUUGUCCGAAAAAGAGGUCCUUCCAUAGAGAGGAAGACUCAGCGGCUAGGGCGCCGCGGUAAAAUCUGCGUGCUCUUAUAUCAGUGGCCUGUUACAGGUAUCUGGCGUCAAACCGUGUGCUGCCCUGAUGGAAAGGCACUUCCAGAUCUGAACGCACUUCUUGAACUGCACGAAGGAAUUCCAUUCGAGCUGCGGGCCCGGCCCAAAAUUUGA